AUGAUCCAGAGCGGCGUGGGGGACCUAUCGCUCGUCGCCCCUUCCUUUCGUUGUGCCGCCUUGCCUCCCACCUCCGCACAACUCCUAGCAUUGCUCCACUCCGGAAUUCCACCUCCGAUGGCCAUUGCCUUCUCCACCAUCAACGAUAGAAAAGCUAGGCGAAGGAGUAAUCAGAUCUGGGAAGGAAGGGUGCGACAACGAGAUUCGAGAUGGGCGAUAGAUCAUGGCUCUCUCGAAGGCCGAGCUGGAGACGGACGAGUCAGUGCACUCCACCUUCGCGUCCCGGUACGUGCGCACCACGCUUCCCGAUUCAAGAUGGCGGAGUAG